AUGAAUAGGAAGUGCAUCUGCGACCUUUGCUCCUGCGGCAGGCAUCACUGCCCACAUCUCCCGACCAAGAUUUAUGAGAAGACAGAGAAACCAUGUUUUUUCUCCGAAUACACCGAGAAGUAUCCUACCUAUCCUUCUUAUAUGCCCCGAGAGUCCUUCAAACCCAAGGUGGAGUACCAGAAAGUAAAUAUUCCAAUGGAAAAUCUGUCCACAACUAAAAGAGACUUUGGGGUUCACAACAUAGUACCGGUGAAACACCAUCACGCCGACCAGGUCACUCCAAGCCAAGAUGAAAUGGAUUUCCUCACAACGUAUAAUCAACACUACAAGUACUACCCUACCAGUCGAGUGAGUACCAUCAAACCUCGAGACAACAAAUAUCCAUGUAGUGACAAAACGGAAUUUUUGCCAACGUACAAAACUGAUUACUUACCUUGGAACCAGCAAAGAAGAGCUCCGAUUCGUCCGCCGCAAACAUACCGUCCAGUGUCCUGUAGGUUUGAUCAUAGAACCACACACCAGGACGAUUAUCCUGUGAAAAAUCUUGUGGAUACCGUGAGUUACAAACCUACACCUGUGCUAAAGAUUUGCAACAUCCCCAUGGAGAAUACGACAAGCUACCGAUCGAGCUAUGUGUCCCAUCCUGUGGAGAAGCGGUGUGUGUACGAGGGCGAGAAGUAUAAACCAUGUGAAAUCCCUUUUGAUGGCCUUACCACCCACAAAGAUUCCUACAAGGGUUUGAGGGGAGAGCCUGCUAAGAGCUGGAAACCUGUAUCCCGGCACUUCGGGUUUGAUACAUCCGUUAGAUUCAACACUGAAUUUCGAGACAAAUUUCAAGCUUGGCCAACACCCCAGAUAGUUCCCAGAGAUCCCAUCCCCUAUAUCCCACCUGAAGGGAAGAUGGAUCUUCUGACUACUGUGCAAGCUGACUACAAGGACCCUAAUGGUGUUCCUGCUCAGUCCUGCCGGCCAGUCAUCACCCACGUAAAGAACACUGACCGCUUUGAAGGCUCCACCACCAACAGAGAGGAUUACAAACACUGGCCCAACACCCGAAGAGAGCCAGUCAAACCUGUUCCGCAGUUUAAAUUCCCGGAUGAGCCUAUGGAUUACAUGACCACUAACCGUGCUGACUAUGUACCCCACGCACCUGUCAAUACACAAAGCUGCAAGCCUACCUGGUCUGGCCCUCCUGUAAACAUCCCUUUAGAAGGUCAGACCACCUACUCUACUAGUUUUACUCCUAAGGAAAUUCGAAGGUGCCCAGCUUCAUACUCUGAGCCCCCUGGCUACAUCUUUGAUGAGGUGGAUGUUGUAGGGCACAGGAUGUACAGGCCAGCUUCCCAGACUCCUCAACAGAGCAACCAUCUUGGCUUUGGAGAUACAGAAAGUCUUCACCAGAGAGGAUUGGCAGUCCCAGCCUAUCAUUGA